GCGGUGGGGUUAAGCGCGACGCUGCGGCCCCGGCCUAGGCACGAUCCCUAAUCACUAAAGCAGCCCCUUGGAUCUGCUGCCAGUCUCGCGCCAUGAAUCGCCACCUCCUCACUUGUCGCGCGACCCAGCUCCGGAGUGGCCUCCUGGUCCCCCUGCUUCUGCUAAUGAUAUUGGUAGACCUGGCUCUCCCGGCCCAACGUCACCCCCCGGUGGUUCUGGUGCCUGGUGAUCUGGGUAACCAGCUGGAAGCAAAGCUGGACAAGCCAAAGGUCGUGCACUACCUGUGCUCCAAGAAGACGGACAGCUACUUCACGCUCUGGCUGAACCUUGAGCUGCUUCUGCCUGUCAUCAUUGACUGCUGGAUUGACAAUAUCAGGCUUGUUUAUAACAGAACAUCUCGGGCCACCCAGUUUCCGGAUGGUGUGGAUGUGCGUGUCCCUGGCUUCGGGGAAACAUUCUCCUUGGAGUUCUUAGACCCCAGCAAAAGGAAUGUGGGUUCCUAUUUCUACACUAUGGUGGAGAGCUUUGUGGGCUGGGGCUAUACACGGGGCGGAGAUCUCCGAGGGGCUCCCUAUGAUUGGCGCCGAGCUCCAAAUGAAAACGGGCCCUACUUCUUGGCCCUCCGAGAGAUGAUCGAGGAGAUGUACCAGAUGUAUGGGGGCCCCGUGGUGCUGGUCGCCCACAGCAUGGGCAACAUGUACACGCUCUACUUUCUGCAGCGGCAACCACAGGCCUGGAAGGACAAGUAUAUUCAUGCCUUCAUUUCACUGGGUGCGCCCUGGGGGGGCGUGGCCAAGACCCUGCGUGUCCUGGCUUCAGGAGACAACAAUCGCAUCCCUGUUAUUGGGCCACUGAAGAUCCGGGAGCAGCAGCGAUCCGCUGUCUCCACCAGCUGGCUACUGCCAUAUAACCACACAUGGUCACAUGAAAAGGUAUUUGUGCACACACCCACAAGUAACUACACACUCCGUGACUAUCGCCAGUUCUUCCAGGACAUUGGAUUUGAAGACGGCUGGCUGAUGCGGCAGGACACAGAAGGGCUGGUUGAGACCAUGACGCCACCAGGCGUGGAGCUGCACUGCCUCUAUGGGACUGGCGUCCCCACACCAGACUCCUUCUACUACGAGAGCUUUCCUGACCGUGACCCAAAGAUCUGCUUCGGCGAUGGUGACGGCACUGUCAACUUGGAGAAUGUCCUGCAGUGCCAGGCCUGGCAGAAGCGCCAAGAGCACAAAGUAUCAUUGCAGGAGCUGCCAGGAAGUGAACACAUCGAGAUGUUAGCCAAUGCCACUACCCUGGCUUAUCUGAAACGGGUGCUUUUCAAGCUUUGAUUCCUGUGCCAGGCAGGACUGCUGGAUGGCUGGACCAUGGAGCUUCUCUUGGCUCUGACCUACAAGCUUGGUAAAGUUCGUGACUAUUGUUCAAGUUUCUAGGUCUUAGGCUGUGAGGCAUCUGCCUCCGGGGAAUGCCGUUUCUCAUCCUUCCUAUGUAUAAUGGCAGUGACGAAGGAAGAGAUAAGUGUGGAUUCAAAGGACGUUUGAUGGAAAGAAUGCUGCUAUUGAUGGAGUUGCGACCUCAGACUGGCUCUGUAGCUGCCUUGUUUGGCUCCUUACCCCAGUCCCCACCUCGGGCCAUGCAGUCCUCCUAGUUCUCUGGCCUUUCUACUCUCGCCUACUGGGCCCCAUCCUUCCUGUGAGCUGAGGUUCCACGGUGACUGUCAGGUGACCUUCCCACACACUGGCUAGGGCUGCUAGCUUCCUUGUGAGCUCACUGGUGGACAUCCUGAGUGUGGCUUCCUGGCGGCAGCCCAGCGCCCCUGCAGGCAGGGCAGUUUGUCGUAUCCUCCACAGUUCCUCCAGGUCCUGGGCUGUUCAGACUCCACUCCUACCUCUCACCUCUUGCAGCAUCCUGGUCCUGGUUCUGGACUGGGCAGCAGAGGACCCCUCAAUUCUGGGGGACAUGUCCUAGGAUUCCUGCUCUCCUUGGUUGUGAUGUGGGUCCGGUACUGAAGCUGGCUCUCUAGGUUCUGGGACUGUUGGUUAAGGAGAGAAGGGCCCAGAAAAGGAACUGAAGGGGACAGCUGUGGUCGCUUCGAGUUUCCCUGAGCCACCGUCUUGAGGACUCCACCACCCUAUUGCACCCUGCAGUAGGGUCUUACAACCCACUUGGGAUGGCACAGGAGUCGAGAGGUGGUAGAGUUCCUGCCCAGUGCUUGCUUCCACCAAGCAACUGAACAAGUCUUGGUUUGCAGGAAUUAGUCCAGAGAAUUGAAAGGGUCCCCGAGACCUAGAAGCAUAGUGUCCCAGCUAGGGGUUUUUUGUUUGUCCCAGGGAUGCUGCAUGGUCUCUGUGUGACAGCCAGGAUGGUGAACCUGGGUCUGUCCAAGGGACAGUGGACCUGACUAUGGGUUGAGACUUGGUCAACUUUUAGGUUGGGGUUCCCAAACCACUUUCAGGCUGGACUGCAUACACUGCCUUCCCACUACGAUUCUGGCACUGGAUUCCCCUUGUUAAGCACAUUCCUGUCAUCUGUCUCUCACCUGAGUGGUGGCGCCCCUGUCUGGGGCCCUGAGCAAGCUGUACCUCGAUUUUGGCAAUAAAAGUAUUCUGGAUA